AUGAAAAGGCAUAUGUGGACACAUAUCGGUGAGAAGCCACAAAGACAUCAUUUGCAAUGUCCACGGUAUCUCAUGAUGACAGGAAUAGGCCAAUCUUCAACUGUAAUAUAUCCGCUAAAGGUUUCUUGGAUAAUCGCUGUUUCAAAUCACAGAGGAAGAAUCAUGAAAGAAGCUGAAAGGCCUGUGUAA